CAGGAAUCCUGGGGCAACAUGCGGAAAGCGGAGUGCGACUCCAUGUUUUGCAAAAUCAAGGCUUCUUCCAUAUGGCUACUUGAAGUGCUUUUGGAGAGGUCGGUGACCAACACCCUCUCCAACCAGGCAAAGAUGGCGGGGCAAGAAAAGGCGUUUGCACCACUCACUCCACAAAAGGUGCUGGCCCUCUCGGGUGGACGUGCCCCAAACAUACGGCCAAUAAAAAAGGGUCAGCUGAAAACAGACAAGGCCAAGCAGCUGCAGGAGGCACUUGAUGCAGAGCAGCAGACUGGUCAAAGAGAGAAGAGAAGAGCGUACAAUAGAAUUGCCAACUGCAAUUCCCAUCGUAACCAUGGUUUCGAGGACAUAAAGCUUUUAGCCUAAACACGGAGAGGGACAUUACUGAGAGAAAACAAAUGUUGGCAAGGGAAGGACUUACAUCUGUAUCAGAUGUAAAAACAGCCAGCACUAUUAUGUGCAUGACAUACUUUUUUUAAGCAAGUGAAAACCUGAUGGCAGCUGCAGGGCCUUUUACCAGACACAUUGUGAUAUCAUUAACAAGAUCCAAGCUGUUUUUAAGAAAGACUGCUUCAGCACGGUUGAUCAAGAGAAUAGUAGCAUUCUAAUUGAAAAGAUCAGGAGCCCCAAUGCUUCAUUGUCUAUUGGCUGUAUGCGGCAUGCAGCUGCGUGGGUAGCAGCGACUCGGACGGCGUGGAAGACAGUGCUGCCAGUGAGUGUGAGGACACGUUGCUCUUCUACUUCCAGACAAAAUUCAUGAGAAACAUGUUGAGAAACUAUGGAGGCUCAGUAGGUUGUGUACACAAAGCUGGUGAACAUGCCCUACCACCUUCCUUGCUUGCUGUGAAAAUGCCAUCAGGAUACACACAAGCUGGUAUGUUUAUUGUGCAGUUCGAUACAGCCCACUGUAUCACCGAGGCUUUAGACGUUUUCAAGCAGUGGUGUAAUAACUGGUCACCACAGCACUGGAUGGAAGAUUACAGCAAAACAAAAAUAGAUGCCUUCCAGCAAGUGCUUCCAGAGAGUAAAAUCUCCAUCUGCGACUUCCAUAAAAAACAGGCAUGGCAAAGGUGGCUGGGCAGACAGGAAAACAGCAUGUCCGAUCUGGAUGAGGCUCCGAACCUUAUAAAACACUUAGCGAGUGCUUCAAAUCCCAAUGACUUCUACAGGGCGUUCAAAGUCCUUGUUGCCUAAGAGUGUUGAGAAAAUGAAAACUUCCGCAUUUACUUUGAAGUAGCGUGGCCCUCUGUAAAAGAGCUGUGGGCCAUGUCUUACAGGCUGUUAUUGGAUGCUGUCUUGACCACAAAUGAUAGCACAGAGCAGGGGUGGCCAAACCGCGGCUCGCGAACCGCAUGCGGCUCUUUGCUGGUCCAAGUGCGGCUUGCG